GCAGACUGUGGAAGUACGGAGCGGCAGCUGGCGGAGGACAGAGGGGAGGAGAGGGAGGGACCGCGGGCUGUUGGGACCGAGAGCACUGCACGCCGGCUCCGUCGACGGGCAGCUCGACCGAAAACAAAGCUAAAGAAAGGCAACACACAGCUCCACAGAGGACAAAAAAGAGAAAGAUCCACAUCAAGCACAGUGAUCCACAGCUGCCAUGCCCCGCUGCAGAGUGAACCUCAGCACCAUGAUCUUCCUAGUGAUCCUGCAGGGGGCAGCAGUGGUGCUGUUCUGUGGCUGGUAUGUCCAGCUCAGUCCCUGCAGCCCCGCCCCCAGCAAUGGCAAAGUUCACGUUCUGCUGCUGUCGUCGUGGCGGUCGGGCUCGUCCUUCCUGGGCCAGGUGUUCAGUCAGCAUCCGUCUGUCUUCUAUCUUAUGGAGCCCGCUUGGCAUGUGUGGACCAAGCUGCAGAAACCCGGUGCGCGGGUGCUCCGAAUGGCCGUGAGGGAUCUGUUACGGAGCGUAUUCCAGUGCGACAUCUCUGUGAUGGAGGCCUACCUGCCAGAGCACCACAAUGUGUCCGCCCUGUUUAUGUGGAGUCAGAGUCGAGCGCUGUGCUCACCGCCGGCCUGUCCUCUCACUCCACGCAACCAGUUCAGCAAUCAGACUCGGUGCCAACAGACGUGUGAUGCUAGGGGCCUUCAGGGGGUGCAGGAGGCAUGUGGCACUUACAGCCACGUGGUGUUAAAAGAAGUGCGAUUUUUUGAGCUGGAAUCUCUCUACCCACUCCUGCAGGACCCAAGCCUAGAUCUCCGCAUCAUCCACCUGGUCCGAGACCCUCGGGCUGUGGUGCGGUCUAGAGAGCAGUCAGCCAAAGCCUUCAUGAAUGACAACGCCAUCGUCUUGGAGCAGAAAAGCAUACCAGCAGCCGAGGUGCAGUAUCAAGUCAUGCAGGAGAUCUGCCGUAGCCAUGUGCGCAUCAACGAGAGGGCCAUCCUGAAGCCCCCUCCAUUUCUAAAAGGCCGCUACAAAAUGGUCCGCUAUGAGGACAUGGCGCGCAACCCGCUUGCAGAGAUAAAUGCCAUGUAUGAGUUUGUAGGUCUGAAGAUGACCAGACAGCUGGAGGAAUGGAUCUACAGGGUGACCCACGGAAAAGGCAAAGGCACCAAGGAACAGGCCUUCGAAAUUACCUCACGGAACGCCGCUGACGUCUCUCAGGCUUGGCGUAGCACGCUGCCCCACAACAAGGUUAAACGUAUCCAGGAAGUGUGUAAAGGAGCCAUGUCAUUGCUAGGGUACAGGACUGUUAACAGCGAAAAAGAACAGAAGAGACUUGACAUAGAUCUAUUAGUGCCACGGGAACCAUAUCAGUUCAGCUGGUUGCCAGCUAAAACAGAGGAUCCGGGUAACAGCUAAAACAUGAGACAUUAACACCACAAGACUACAUUGGACUGAAGUCUAUAUUCUUUAGAGGCUUCACUGACCGUGUAAAACUUGAUAAGAUUCAUUAACUGAGGGAACACUGGCAUGAUGUCCAAGGUUAAAGCAUUGAUUUGUGACGAAUACACACUAUCAGUGGAGUGAGAGGAUUAAAAUGUGAAAUGACAGCACAGCAGUAUUGUAUGACAAUACAUUUUGUACAGCGACAAACAUUAACUAAACUGGAAAACAGUACCAGAUUCACCAAGAUUUGGUGACAUUAUUCUUUGUUCCCUGAAGCCUCUUUAUAAACAGCUUCAUGUCAGCAUGUUUGGCUCGGGUGUUAAACACAAGAAAUAAACCCUUUUCAAAAGGUUUCACAAUU